AAUUUCCUAAUCCUAUUGGAAUUCGACGUUUAUCCAAAUAUUCCCUUCCGUUUCUCUAUAAAUUAUUGAUUCUCACAGUUCAGAUUUCAUCAUUCACUCCCCAAUCUUCUUUUUCAAAAAGCACAUUUCACAUUUCUUCUAAUUCUUCUCUAUAGCAAUGGAAAUCGAUUUGACUCCUCAAUUGCCCAAGAAGAUCUAUGGCGGUGAUGGAGGUUCCUAUUAUUCCUGGUCUCCCAAGGAACUUCCCAUGCUCCGUGAAGGAAACAUCGGCGCCUCCAAGCUCGCCCUCGAGAAAAAUGGUUUCGCUCUCCCUCGUUACUCUGAUUCCGCCAAGGUCGCUUAUGUUCUUCAAGGUAGUGGAGUAGCCGGAAUCAUUCUACCGGAAUCGGAGGAGAAGGUGAUUGCAAUCAAGAAAGGAGAUGCGAUUGCGCUUCCGUUCGGUGUGGUGACUUGGUGGUUCAACAAAGAAGCUACUGAUCUGGUGGUUCUGUUCUUAGGCGACACAUCGAAGGCUCACAAAUCAGGUGAGUUCACUGAUUUCUUCUUAACCGGUGCCAAUGGAAUUUUCACUGGCUUCUCCACGGAGUUUGUCGGACGAGCUUGGGAUAUGGAUGAGGCAUCGGUGAAAUCUCUAGUGAAAAACCAAACGGGAACGGGAAUUGUGAAACUAAAGGAAGGAACUAAGAUGCCAGAGCCGAAGAAGGAGCACCGAAAUGGAAUGGCAUUGAACUGUGAGGAAGCACCAUUGGAUGUUGACGUGAAGAACGGAGGACGAGUUGUGGUUCUGAACACGAAGAACCUCCCGUUGGUAGGAGAGGUGGGAUUGGGAGCCGAUCUGGUUCGUUUGGACGGAAGUGCAAUGUGCUCGCCUGGAUUCUCUUGCGAUUCGGCAUUGCAGGUGACAUACAUCGUGAAAGGAAGUGGAAGAGCGGAGGUUGUAGGAGUGGACGGGAAGAAGGUUCUGGAGACAAGAGUGAAAGCUGGGAAUCUGUUCAUAGUACCAAGAUUCUUCGUGGUAUCGAAGAUCGGAGAUCCUGAAGGAAUGGAGUGGUUCUCCAUUAUUAGCACUCCGAAUCCGGUUUUCACUCACCUGGCAGGUAGCAUAGGCGUCUGGAAAGCUCUGUCGCCGGAAGUUAUUCAGGCAGCGUUCAAUGUGGAGGCGGAUUUGGUGAAGAAUUUCUCUUCCAAGAGGUCUUCGGAUGCGAUCUUCUUCCCUCCUUCAAAUUAGAAGAUUUCGUUUUCAUCUUCUUCUAAUAAAUCUUUUUUUUUUUUUUUUUCUUAAUCUUUUCCCUCUGAUUAGGUUAGAUUUACCGAAGAUUUUGCUCUGUUUUUCUGGCUUUGUUGUAAGCUUCGGAGGUUGAAUCACAUUCAAUAAUAUGAUUUCCUUUUCCAUUCGAA